AUGCCGCAUUCAAUGUUCGCUUCCCAUUCCACCCAUAGCGAAAGUUCCUCCCCGGACAUACUUGCGCCGCCUGGCGAUGCCGACUACUUGAUCUCUUCGCCAUUCAGACCAUUCCCCGGUCGUCAAAGCAGCCUCAUGUCGCCCGCAAACCGCCGCAUCCUCCAUACCCCCGGUGCCGCGAAACGGAAACGGUCGCGCAUUAGCCUCAGUCCUGCGAAGAGUGCACAUUCGAUUCGCUUCGACGAUAUUGUGCUCCCAGGCUCGCCAACAAGGAAAUUGGAUGGCCGACAACGCUCUGCUUCUCCCGACAAGGCAGAUGCUGACGGAAAUGUUAGUCCCUGGCGGAUUCGCGUCACACUUGAGGCAACACAAGACGACGACCAGGAAAACCAAGGCAGCCCGUCGCGUAAACGGCCCAAGCAAAGAACAACCACUACAAAGGUCCCGCUGAAGGAUAGCUCGGAGCAGACACCCAGAAGAAGAGGCCGCCCCAGAAAGUCUGGCGCCCCCGAUACGACACCGGUUGCUGGGAGUCCCGGUAACACUCCAGGCCCAGCGAACAGUGAACAAAAGAGGCGCAGGGGUCGGCCAAGGAAGCAUAAACCAGAAUCUGAUGCCGCCACUGAAAACAACGUUAUCGAGAAUAACGAGCAACCUGAAGGGGAUGUGCAGAUGAUGGAUCCUGCUCCGGCUGGCACGGAGCUGGAAAGACGCAGCUGGAGCCCAUUGAACCUGGCUGGUGACGCGGAUUCGGACGAUGGGAUUUACGACAAUGAGCCGUUGGAUAUACCCUUUGAGGCCCCUGCCCAUACCGAGUUCGGGGAGCCCGAACCGCCUACUGAGGAUCCUAACCCGCAACCAAGUAUCGAACCGACGUACGAUACUCCUAAUGGUGAUGCGAUAGACCGCUUUAAUUACCGGCAGGGAGAUGAUGAGUUACAUUCAACUCCCUCCAAAAUGCCAUCGCCAACCCGCGAACUUCCAACCGUAUCUCCCGAGAAUAGUAUACAUGCGGGCCAUACGCCGAUGCCACCCCGUACGUACCCGACACCGGCUUCAACGUCUCUGGUAGACAAUGAACAGCCAGAACGCAACCGAUUUUCCCGUGAACUAUCCGCGAGUUCUUCCAAGCCGAGCGCAUUUCGUUCUAGUGAUCCUACAAACGAACACAGAGAGUUCGACUCUAUCAUAGAGAGUGAAGGGUUCAGUAUGGUUUCGUUAGAUACAUUACCCUCAGCCCAACAGCAUGGACUGAGAAGCAAUCCGAAGCUAGCCAAGGGUGCUCUCAAGCCAUUCAUCGAACGGGAAACAAACGGCGUUCUGAGGCGAAAAACAACCAUUCCGGAGCACCAAUCCGAGGUGGCAUCUCCUCCAAGCCCAAGCCCCGACCCAGCGCUGUCUCCAGAGCGACAUCUUGAUUCCCCUCAGCUGCGCGGCAGUAUCCGGUCUUCGGCUGCAAAACGGAUACCGUUUUCUCCUAUACCCACCAAAGGGUUCUCCCCAGCACCCCAGCGCAAGCCUUUACUCCGCCUGGCCAAGUUAGUCAGGGCUGGAAUCGCUCUCGAACGCGUUCUUAGCCACUCCAACCCCCCUUACAGCCCUGGAAAUGCUGUUCCUGACUACAUGGCGCCCAGACAACGGCUAGAAGUAAUAUUCAGUGACUUGAAUCCAGAAUCACAACGGGUCCUAGGCGCAGCUCUAGGACUUGGGCAAGUACUUGCAAUCAGGCGAAAAAUGAUGGAGCUCAGGAGUCCGCAACGGCGAGCUUUGGUUGCGGAAGAACUAGAAGAUGAGGAUGACCAUGCUGGUUUGGACUCUGAAUACACCAGACGUGAAGUGUCUAGAACUCCAAAUCGACAAUAUGAUGGUGCAGCGGAUCCUUCUCCAGUCUCCUCUUCCCCGGAUACGGAUAUGAAGCAGCGAUUCGCGGAGUGGCAGAGAGAAAGGGACGCAGUCAGCCGCACAAUACAAAUGGCGAAUUCAAGUCAAGUUAUCGUCAUCGAUAGUGAUGUUGGUACGCCGAAUUCCAACGCAGGCGAGAGGGAUGUCGGGGACCUAACUCCUUUGGUGUCACAAUGGAACAGAAAGCGCCACGCGGAGGUGCAAGAUGACGAUUACGAUAACCAGGAGGAAGGGCAUGUCUAUGAUGAUAACCAAAAUCGUCGAGAGCUAGGGCAGGAAGAAAAACAACAGCAGAGGGAGCUAGAGGAGGAUGAAGGAGCCGAUGUGAACCAAAGUCGGUGGAUGUCAAGGUGGAACCAAGUUCACCAAGAGGAGGUGCAAGAGGAUGGAUACGACAAUGAGGAGGAAAAGGAUAUCUACAAUCCUCGCCAAAGUUCCCGAGAACCUAGGCAGGAAGAGGAAGAAGAAGAGGAAGAAGAAGAGGAAGAAGAAGAAGAACAGGGGGGGCUGGAAGAGGAUAACUACGGCAACCAGGCACAGCGGAGUGAUUAUGAUGAUGACCAAAGUCUUUGGAUGCCAAAGCGAAAAGGAGAACACCAGCGAGCAGCGGACGAGGAAAAACAUGACGUCGAGAAGGGCAGAGCGGAUUACGUUGCUAGCCAAAAUUCCCGAACCCCCAGGCUGGACGAAGAUCAACAUUCGGAAGUGGUGGAAGAGGACUAUGCCGAUGUCGAUGAGGAUGAUGGGUAUGAGGAUAUUUGGCAGGUCCAGGCUAAAUAUGAAGGAAACUCGGGUCGAGAAUCUAUGCUAGAGCCUCAGGACGAAGUACAGUCAAGUCCUCAGAAAGGUGGCUCAACUCCUGCGGACCGGGGUUACAGCAUGUCUUUUUCUCCGACACACUGGGUAGAUGGGCAGGGAAAGGUGCCUUCCCUGGGUCAAUCGCGCGUCCGUGAACUACGAGAACAGGAAGUUGAUAUAUCUGCUCUGCUCCGUGCGGAGGACACGCCAAACCGUGCCCGUUACUAUUAUGGGAGGAGUAGUCCGUUGAGCUCAGCUCAAGGACAUUCCCCACAACACAACAUGCUAUCGUCUGCGGCAUCUCAUCGUCAAAAACACGUGGAAAGAUACGAGGAUGAGCUGGGUCAACUAGAAGAAGCAGAAGAGCCAGCAGAUUAUCUGGACCUCAGCCCAGAGAAAGACCUAGAAGAUGAGACCUUCCAAAUUGAUCCGACCACCAGACACGAAAGCGAGAUGCAACGUUACCCGUCAGAUUUUGCUGAUAAUGCUAGCAUUUCGGAUGAUGCAGGCGAUGAGCUACCCGUGCAUGAAGAGACGUCGACGCCCAAGAAUCCAGCACCUGCCAAUAGAGGCGGCCAAGCAACAUCCUGGUAUGAAAGGAUUACAAAUCUCACACCCGGCUGGCUAAAGGCUCCGCUCCAAAACCCAAGUCCCCAGAAUAAGCAUUCAAGCCCGCCGACUAAUCGGUCGAAUUCGAAAGAACCAAGUCUUGAGGAGCAGUCAGAACAUUCAGAACAGGAGGAGCAGGAUAGGGAGCAGAAUUGGAAGCAGGACAACGAGGAUGAAGAAGAAGAAGAAGAGGAGGAGGAGGAGGAGGAGGAAGAGGAAGAGGAACAACAACAUCAUGUGCACUCUCCGGACGAAGAUAACUCGAGGAAAGCCCAAAAACCGCAGCCCGAUCCCCUUUCGGAAUCAGAGGUUGAUCAAAUUUGGGCUCCUAGUCCUCAGCCCAAAGCCAAACGUACUUCAGAAACGGCGAAGAAAGAACCAAACCUAACGACGACAGAGAAGUCGCCAGAGAAAUCACGGCGUCUUGCAACGUCUGGGUACUUCUCAAACGCACACUAUACUCUCCUCCGACGUUUAUACCGCCUCGCUAAACAAUCCCCUGAGAGUUUCACUUACCACUCUAGCUCUUCUCACUCCGGGAUUAUCGGUGACUAUAUCUGGACGUCAGACAAUACCUACGGGGUCCCGGUCACGGAGCUGCAGUUUGCCAUCGUGUACCGAUUUAGGCAGGAAUUAGCCGCAGAGGACCUGAAGUCCGGAGGCACGGGAUGGGUUGGCUGGACAGACGCUGAUUUGCAUCGCCGACUGGUCAGCGUCAUCAUCGGCGAGCAAAUCAGAGAAGACAGGAAGAACGUCCACGAUCUGAGGCCGACGCGUUCCAAGCCCAGGAGUAUUAUCCAGCGGGGCUGA